CCUCCCCCCACCAUCGACCCCUCCCCCCUCAAACCGGUGACGUCGCCGCCGCCCGAGACCGCCCCGGCGGCCGCCGCCGCGGUGACGUCGGCGGUGACGUCGGCGCCGCGCAGGGCCAAGGGCGCCCCCUACGUGUGCGGGCUGUGCGCCAAGGAGUUCAAGAACGGCUACAACCUGCGGCGCCACCAGGCCACGCACGGCGCGCCCGGCGCCCCCAAGCGCGGCCCCCGGCCCUCCCCCACCCUGCUGCCCCUCCCCCAAGACCUCCUCGACGCCGCGCCCGCCCGGCAAGGCGAGGAGGGCGACGGCGCCGGGGCGGCGGCGCCGAAACGCGCGGCGGCGGCGGCGGCGCGGAAGAGCCACGCGUGCGACACGUGCGGGAAGGCGUUCCGCGACGUCUACCACCUGAAGCGGCACCGGCUGUCGCACACGGACGAGAGGCCCUUCCAGUGCCCCGUGUGCCAGCAGCGCUUCAAGCGCAAGGACAGGAUGGCGUCGCACGUGCGCUCGCACCAGGGCCACGUGCACAAGCCCUACGCCUGCGGGCACUGCGGCAAGAGCUUCUCCAGGCCGGACCACCUGAACAGCCACGUCCGGCAGGUGCACUCCACCGAGCGGCCCUUCAAGUGCCAGACGUGCGAGGCGGCGUUUGCCACGCGUGACCGGCUGCGGGCGCACGCCGUGCGGCACGAGGACAAGGUGCCGUGCCACGUCUGCGGGAAGCUGCUGAGCGCCGCCUACGUCAGCGACCACCUGCGCGUGCACGGCCCCGCCCCCCGCGGCCACGCCCCCGCCAGAGGUUCCGGCUGCCCCGCCCCCACCCCCAGCCCCGCCCCCGCCCCUCCCCCACCCCUGGACGGGACCCCCGGGGGCAGCCAGGGCUGGUGAGGGGGGAGGGGCCGCCCUCGCCCCUCCCCCACCCCCCCCCAAAAAACCCCUCCCCCACCCCAAACCCCGCCCACUCCCCCCGCAAGCCCCGCCCCCAAACUGGGGGGGGGGAGGGGGAGGGACCAAUAAAAACCUGAGUUCCAACAAA